CUCCACUCGUUUUCUGAUUUUCUCCUGGAAUACAGGCUGGAAUAAACAGGACUUUCCGGGAAAUGUAUAUACAUCACUGAUGUUUGGAUUUAUAUAACAAAUGGACUACAGAUCAAGACAACAUUGAUUUACGUCUUUUCCAGUAUACAAAGGAUUACCUGUUUUAACUUAAAUGUCCACUGGUCGUUGGACCCAAACUGAGUAAAUUUUUCUUACCUUGGAAAAUCUACUGGUGCAUACAUGUGUGGGCCCCCAGUUAAAGACACGCUGGCUUAUAGUUUUCCACAAUGUGACUGAAUAUAGAGGUGACCAUCUCACCUACCAUGAUGAAAUCUGGUCUGUCACCUUCCACAGACCCUCUACACCUCAACACCAACAGCUAUGUCAAUAACAGCAACACAAGCUGGAGUAGCCUCCUCGAUGGUGACACGCUGAGGAGCAAUCAAACUCUGUCCCUCCAUGUCUGCUUCCACAACGUCCUGCUGGGAGUAUUUCUGGGACUCCUUUCUCUCCUCACCAUCAUAAUGAACCUGCUGGUCCUGUAUGCUGUGAAGAGAGAAAAGAGCCUGCACACUGUUGGGAACCUCUACAUCGUCAGCCUGUCUGUGGCGGAUCUGAUUGUAGGCACCACAGUUAUGCCUCUAAACUUGGUGUAUUUGUUGGAGGAUGAAUGGAAGUUGGGUCGGGCUGUCUGCCAAUUUUGGCUUAUUAUGGACUAUGUCGCGAGCACAGCCUCAAUUUUCAGUCUGUUUAUUCUGUGUUUGGAUCGGUACCGCUCUGUCAGACAGCCGCUAAGGUACCUGAAAUAUCGAACGCGGGGAAAAGCAAGUGUUAUGAUUUCUGGAGCCUGGCUGCUGUCGUUGAUGUGGAUUAUCCCUAUUUUAGGAUGGAGGUCUUUCACUCAUGUAGACCUUAAACCCGAGGAUGAGAACAAGUGUGACACAGAUUUCCGCUUUGUCACAUGGUUUAAGGUUAUUACUGCGGUUUUCAAUUUCUAUGUACCCUCAAUUUUGAUGUUGGGGUUUUACAUGCACAUCUACUUGACAGUGAGGCAACAUUUGAGGGACAGAGAGAGAAUCAUUCAUCCGACUGAUUCUUUUUGGGAAAAUGUGAAUGGACAACAUACUCAAACAUCCGAGAAAAAUGACUGCAAAUCACCCAAGAAGGAGUGCGAGGUUCCAGUGAAACUCUCAAAAAGACUGCUGGACCAGAACACUUUGGAGCAGACAUACUCCCUCGAGGAUGCUGAAAAAACCAAAACUGCUCCUUCCGGAUCUCACAGAAAAAUUGGUGCAAAGUGCCAACAGACGUCAUUGCUUGCCAAGACAACAAAAAGACUCAGAAUGAUACCGAAAGCCAAAAGGUGCUCCUUGUCUCCUGGGGAGAAGAAGCUGGACAGUGAGAUUCCCCUGAGUCGACCACAGGAUGUAAUUUGCUCGAGCUUUUCCCCUUUGCUUGAGAAGAAUAAUGAGAACAAACUUCAAGCAUCUUUAAAUGAAUGUCACGUCACGGUGCCAAACUCAGUAAGCGGCGUCUGUGACAUAAAUCAGGGAUACACCUCUGUGCUCUAUAACAACUAUGACCCCAGUCGCUCUCUGCCCUGGACCGAGGAAGGGGUUGAAGAUGCUCAAUUUGACCCAGCUAAUGCAGUGACUCUGAAACAGACAUGGCAAAGGUUCAUCGACCAAUCACGCCAGCGUAUACAAAGCCUGAGGAUCCAUAAAGAGCAUAAGGCAGCCAAGCAGUUGGGCUUCAUCAUCGCUGCUUUCAUGUUGUGUUGGAUACCAUAUUUCAUAGCCUUCAUGGUCAUGGCGUUCUGCAAAGACUGUGUGCACCAUGACCUUCACAUGUUCACGAUAUGGCUGGGGUACAUCAACUCCACUCUCAACCCUUUUAUAUACCCACUCUGCAAUGGGAAUUUUAAACGAAUUUUCAAAAAUAUUCUGCACAUUCCUUUGUGACAUGCAGAAUAAAAUAUUUGGGGUCUAAAUGCUGCUGAUACUCACAGAUGAGGAGGAGACACGUGUUGCAUCACUUACACGUGAGCUUUCAAAGUGUAGAUAAACCUGUAAAUGUAUUUUGAGUGUUAAUUAUUUCUGUUUGUUUGAGAUUAUUAUUUUUUAUUUAACUUACUGCACUAUGAGUCAGAGUCAUAGCAACAGUUGAAUUGUCUGAAUUCAGUGUCAUUUAUUUAGUCUGUGUUAUGCUACCAGUAAUAAGGUGAGUCUAGGAGACCUUUAAACUUAAAGGAAUUUGAUCUCUCACCCUCGGAAACAGGAGCAUGAAUUUAGUGUCUUGGCCAUGGCUAUGUUUCAUACAGGAAAAAAAAAAAACUUUGUUCAAAAUAUAUUUUUAUUUAUUUAUUUUUUACACAACAUACAGAGCCAGCGAUUUAACAUGACAUAACAUGACAGUAAAUAUUUCUAAUUUUACAAGCUCUGCCUUGCCUUUGUGAGCAAAUCGGUUUAGUGAAGCAUUUAUGUCAUUUGUGACAUUGUUUUCUCAUCAUUAAAACAGGAUACAGAACAUUAGUCGUCCUUUCCAAUGUCAGUCCAGGAAAAACAUAAAUCUUGGCCAUGUGUCCGGUGAUCUGUUACAACAGGGAGGGGGAGGAUUUGUUAUCUGUUCAACCGUCCCUUCUUUUUAGGGUUUUUAAAACAUGUUUGAAAUGAUUUCAUUGUGUUUUUACACAUUAAAACCACCAUCUUUGACAAUAAUUAUCUCUAGAAAUCUCCUGCUUGUGUUUUACCUGUGUGUGCUGUGUCAUGUCUUUACUAUGAUAAAAGUAGAAUAAGUGAGUGUAUCAGCAAAAAUACAAUAUGAAGAACAAAUAAUACUAAAACAGAACAUAAAACUCAUUAAUUCAUAUCUGCAUAUCACAUAUUUUCACACUGUCAACAAAAAAAGUUAAGUGUCAGCAUGGUAACCACUUAAAAAAACAAAAGGAUUUUGUUUUUCUUCUAACAUGAUUGCUAUGCUUUUUACACUCAUUAAUUUUAUGAUGUGAUGUAGUACCUCUUUUCAUGUCAUUAGCCAAAGAGCAGGAUGGAAGAGAGGAGGACUGCACACCAGUGUUGGAGAGAUGCUGACCGCAAUGAAAGUACAAGUAUGAAGGAAGGUAGUCGCACACUCGUAGCCACAAUGCAAGAAUAGUUAAUAAAGUAAAUUAAUUAAUUGUUAUUAUUAAUAUUUCAUUGGCAUUGGCAAUAAACUAUUCUUGCAUCAU